AUGUCCGCCACUUUCCUUCCCACCGGUAGCUUCCAACGAGAAACGGACAACCUCUUUGAUACAGGAGACCACCACUCUCCUGACAAUACUGCAAGCCUUAAUGCAGACACGCUAGACGGACGUAGUAAGGAUAACAGGGACGCAUCACAACCCAAACCGCCCGAGCUUCUAUCUUAUCCAGCCUAUGUUGAUGCCCGACCGUCCGCCUCUCCUGCGUGCACUAUACACUUGGACGACCAAGACAAUGACAGCCAUGGCAACCAAGACAACCACUCUUUGCAUCCGCCCCCAGAAUACCUUCGAGUCUUUAAACAACUUGAUUCCCCGUACGGAGGUAAUUCCAAGUACAAGCUUAAGCAGAUUAUUAAGCUUAGUGACCAUUUUCUGCGAAUAGACGCCACAGUCUACAAGUCAGGAAGCAGCGCCGAGAGAUUCUCAAAACGCAUAAGAGGAUAG